AUGGCGAGGAGGAAUUUGGCAUUAUGUGCUGCCAUUCUGGCCUUGUCGUCGUCUCUUAUCGGCGUAGGCGCCGCACCUGCCACUCAAGCUGUCGUGAAGGAGCUCCCCAGGCCGGAUUUAAUGAACAGGGGAAAGCUGAUCCUUGACUUCACUGCGGGCAACCUUGACCCGCGUAUCACCAUGUGCAACAGGCUCAAGGGAGUAACUCGUUAUUUCGUCAAACCUGACGUAGGCGCCACCAUCACUGCCAUCCAGAUCAACGACUUCCGUGUAGACCUCCCGAUUGCUCCAAAGGUGGAGGCUGUCUUCUGCGCAUCCCCGUUCAACAACACCUUCACCGUCGUCUUCAACGAUGAAACUUCCGACGAGUUCGAGGUCACAUCCCAAGGCGUUGAGGCUUUGACGAACAAAGAGCGGUACACCAUCACAAGUGUAGCGAAACCGCCUCAGAGGCCAGCUCCGGAGCCUUCCGAUGCUUCAUCUUCUUCCAGUUCUUCAUCUUCGUCCAGUUCACUAGCUUCUUCCAGUUCUCCAGCCUCAUCAAAUGUUUCAUCUUCUUCCAGUUCUUCAUCCUCAUCAAAUGUUUCAUCUUCUUCCAGUUCUUCAUCCUCGUCAAUUUCUCCAGCUUCUCCAAGUUCACCAGCCUCUUCAAGUUCAUCAACUUUGUCAAGUUCUUCGACCACUGCAGAUUCAUCGGAGGCAGCCAAGCCCGAAUCUACACCCUCGGCACCCGCUGAGCCUAACCCAUGGAGAUCCGCGAUGUCAAAACGGACGGAAUCGGACAGUAGACAUAGGAUAACUGAGUCUCCGUUGCACGGUUCUGGAUCUGCGCCGGCUAUGAGCCCCUCUUUGCUCAGGGCCAUGGCCAAGGCCUCUCCCUCCAUGGGAGCUCCCCAAACGCCGGGGUUCCAGCAGAUGCGUGGCAGGCUGAGGUCAAUGGCUGAGAGGCAAAUCACCAGUAGAGCUGACAAGACGCCUGUUUUAGAUCUACGAGCGCGGGAAGCAGCCAACAAACCAACCCCCGCUAAGCAGCCGUCUAAAAUGGUGUUUGAAGACUUUCAGAGCAUUGACGACGAGUUCGAUACAGAUGUAGAGGACAGCAGUGGCGCCUCCAAGGGUAAGGACGAUGGGUUGCUGGAUGUAGAUGGGGAUGAACACCGCAGUGCGUCAUCACAAUCAACGGAUGCUUCCUCAUCCUCUCCUACGGCGCCUUCAUCUGACACUUCCUCGUCAUCCGAUACGUCAUCGUCGUCAUCGUACAGUCAGUCUUCAACCGACACUUCCUCGUCAUCCGCUGAUGUCGCAAAGCCAACCUCGGAUGACACUUCCUCGUCAAGCUAUACCGACACCCCGUCAUCAUCGUACACGACAACUCCAUCGUCUGAUACGUCAUCGUCCUCAUCAUCCUACACUCCGUCAUCAUCGUACACGACAACUCCAUCGUCUGAUACGUCAUCAUCCUCAUCAUCCUACACGCUGCCAUCAUCGGACACAUCCGCGUCAUCCUACACUCCGUCGUCGUAUGACACAACGACUCCCUCAUCUGAUACGACGACUUCAUCAGGUACAUCAUCCUACACUCCGUCGUCGUAUGACACAACGACUCCCUCAUCUGAUACGACGACUUCAUCAGGUACAUCGUCCUACACUCCAUCCUCAUCCUACACGUCGUCCUAUGAUUCCACAAAGACUUCCUCGGACACCCCGUCAUCAUCAUCAUCAUCAUCCAACACGCAGUCUACUUCAGAUACAUCGUCGUCAUCAUCCACCCCAUCGUCGUCCUACACUCAGUCUUCAUCGGACACAUCGUCGUCAUCAUCCACCCUGUCGUCGUCGGAUGCAUCUUCAUCUUCAUCUUCAUCAUCAUCGCAUACGACAACACCUUUGUCUGAUGUGUCAACGUCUUCAUCAUCCUAUGUGUCGUCGCAUGAUGCGUCAACGUCUCCAUCGAAGGGUCCUUCGUCUGAGGAUACGUUGAAUUCUGCGUCACACAAGCUUCCGCCUGUGCCUCCGAGAGUUCCCCAGACCAGAUACACGGGCGGUUCCGCGGAAGACGCGAAUCAGAACUUUAAGGGGUUCCACGCCGGUGGCGCGAUGCGUGCAGCCGUCAAGCCUAGCAUCGUGCCUCCCCCUCCGGCUCCCCCUGCGAGGAAAAAGAAGAUUAUGACUGCCUCCCCUGCGUCUUCUGGAAGCAAAUACAACACGCACGUCGCGACGAUCACCACGGGCGACGUGGAAUCGGAGCACCACGAGGUGCAGUCCAAUGCAACCGCUGAAGAGAACACCCCUGAGGCGUCAGUCAAAACGGACAUGACGUUGGUGAUCGGCGAGCCUAACGAGAACAUCAGAACGCAGAAGAAUGGCGACAUUACGUGCUACAGGGCCACCAACGGUCACAUCAUCAGGACUGUCGAGAUUCAGGGCAAGUCCAGGAAAGUUGGUGUCAGCUACCCUGUGGACACUAUCGUGUGUGCGCUUCAGCGGCCUGGCGAGUACCAUCUUGCGGUUGGCAGCCGUGACGAGGGUGGCAAGUGGACCACCACGUACCUCAACAAGGCUGGCGACAUGGACAUCUUCACCAACGUUGCGACCAAGGCGCUGUUCAAGGACAUCUCGCUCCCGACGUUGUUCGAGGACGCCUACGCUGAGAAGUCGCUGAGGCGCGACCCCAUGUGGUUCCAGAACUUCACCUUCAAUGGUAAGGGCAACGCCUCGCUGAAGCAGGUGGAGGCCAACGGUACCCUGUUCGUGCUGGAGACCAUCGACAGCGGCUACCUGAAGUCCAGCAAGGACAUCACGUUCGUCGAUGGUGACAUCGUGACCCCGGAGGGCAUGACGAUGGUGAACAUCACCACGUCGAAGGGCGAGGGCCAGGGCUACCUGACGAUGACCUUCAGGGGCCGCAACGUGUUGCACCACAAGAGGUACGUCGAGUCGCACGACAACGCCAACAGCUACCAACGCGCUCGUUACACUGCGAACCUCGACGUGUGCUUCGACAUCACCACGGAGUGCUUCGGUCUCGCGCCUGAGGCGAGGCUGGCGGUGCUCGAUGCGCACAGCAUCGAGUGCGACGCCAUCAUGUGGGGCAUUGAGGUGAAGAAGUACAGCGGCAUUACGUUCCUGAGCAUCCCGCCCCGUGAUUUGGACACCCUGUUGCUGAUUGGCAACUACGAGGUGCUGCUGAGCUCUAAGGAGAGCCAUGAGGUGACCAUCCUGUCUAGUGAUAUCGGGCUGUCCGCCGAUAUCCGAACCAACAACAGCAGUGGAUUGUUGCGCACGAUCAUCACGCCGAACUCGAAGACUCGCGAGUCCUACAGCGUCGACUUCUUCUGA